ACCCGGAAGUGUUGCUGUCACAGGAUGGAAAGCUUUUAGCAGCUGUUUCAUUCAAAGUACGUACACACAAUGAUGAUUUCCAUUCUAGAACAUCAUGGGUAACGCUGAGAGUGUGGUGGUGCAGAAGCGGCUGGCCCGUUUCCGUCCCGAGGAGCGACCUGUGGUUGAGGGGGUUUUUGACAAGCUCCAGGGUGGUGCUGGGGGCACCGCAGGGAAGACCAUAACGCUGGAGAUGCUGCAGUCAUCAGUGGGCAGUGUGGCACCGGACUCGAUGGUGAGGAGGGUCUACCGGUGCAUGUCCAGCAUCGACCCUGGACUGGCAGCUCCAGCAGCCUCGGGGAAGGCCGGACACGCCGGCCCCUCUGGAGUCAGCCGAGAGCAGUUGAUCGUCUUCCUUGCAGACACCCUGCGGGGAACUGCAGAAGAACGUGCGCCACUCGUCAUGGCUAUGUCCCAGCAUGCGGCAGGGGCGGCAUCAGUUGUCACAUGUGAGCAGGUGGUGGAGUUCCUCCAGGACCUGGUCUCUGCUGUAGUUCAGAUUUUGGUUCACAGAGGACGCCUGCAGGGCUGGAAGCCAGAGAGGAUGGGUGACAUCUCCCUGGGUGUAAAACUCCUGGCAGAGCAGAUGUGCUCUGAGCUCAAACCAUCAGAUGAGGGGGCUUGUGAUGUUUCCUGUCUGGAAGACUGGAUCUUCAGGGUACAGCAGGUAUCACAGUACCUGGAGCUGCUGGUAGCUGAGGGACUGAGUGUGUCUUUGAGCAGCCGGCCAGCCCCGACGCUGCUGCCCCCCUGCAGGGAGACGCCUUGGAAUGAACUGAAGUGUCUACUAGAACUCCCCAGCCUCAUGUUUCUGGCUCCACUGUUGCCAGAUGGCUACAGCGCCCCCUGGAGGCUUGUGUUUUCCACUCGGCUGCACGGGGAGAGCUUUACCAGGAUGGUGGCCGGCCUGAUGAAGCGAGGGCCCACCCUGCUGCUUAUCAGAGACACCAAGGGGCAUGUCUUUGGGGGCUUCGCCUCCCACACCUGGGAGGUCAAACCUCAGUUUCAGGGUGACUCCAGAUGCUUCCUGUUCACUGUGAGCCCCAAACUGAGAGUUUAUACAGCAACAGGAUACAACCAACACUUCAUGUACCUCAAUCAGAACCAGCAGACCAUGCCCAACGGACUGGGGAUGGGCGGUCAGCACGGCUAUUUUGGCCUGUGGCUGGAUAGUGACUUUGGCCGCGGUCAUAGCCGGGCACGACCCAAGUGCACAACGUAUGGCAGCCCUCAGCUCUCUGGAGACGAAGACUUCACCCUGGACUCCAUGGAAGUGUGGGCUGUGGGAAAACCCCCAGAGCCCGAGGAGGGUGAGGAGGGUGGAGGUAAGAAGAGCAUCCUGGAUGUGGAUCCAGAGGCCCAGGCCCUGAUGGAGAUCACAGGGAAGACCAUGCACAGUCAGGGCCUCAGAGAACCAGAGGAUGACCAGGAGUGACUGUAAACACACCCAGCUAUAUAUCGCUUCCAUUCAUGCCCCAGUCUACCCAGUUACUAAUUCAUAAGUGGAUUUAAAGGGAGCUUAAAGGUGGUCUGCACAGUGCGGUUUGUCACCAGUGUGCAGGUUUCAGGCCUGCUUUACAUCAGCGAGAGCACGAUGGACGUGUUCACAUUUGAGCUGCACUGGUGUGAAUUCAUUUUAUCACUAUUAAAAAACACAAAGUGAAGAAUCAGACUGAAGAGACGUAGCUUGGAGGAAUAAUUCAGGGAAUUUACAACACUGGCGAUCACAGCUUCUUUUUCCUUCCUUUUUCCUUCCGAUAAAGUUCACGAAGACAAGAAACAGAAACUUUGAUUACCUGUUUUACAAACUGGACACAUUCCUGGAUUUACUAUUCCUUACCAGUUAGCACAAAGUCCAAAUCCUGACUUGGAUUCUGGGCAGAUAAGCUGAGUAAUUAACGGGUUAAAGCGAAAUAAACAAAGACUGUGGAAUGCUGUAUCACAGCAGGCCUGUGGCGUCUGUGCAGAUGUGAUACUGUGAAUUUCAUCAAGACUGGCAGAUUAUUUCACUAAAUUUAAGAAGAUUUAGACUACAAUCUAUUAUUUUUAAACUUAUUUUAAGAUGGGUAAUUUUUGCAGUGUAUCUUUAAAAUUAUUUAAUGUACUAGUUUUUAGUUUAUUUGCCUUGAUUUGUUCCUUAGAAUAAGUGUUUUAUGCCUAUUUUCAGAUUUAAUUUCUUCAACAUUUUGCUUAGAACAAGUGGUUAAAGCUUAUUUUAGGUUUCAAUUGCCGUGAUUGGUUGCCUGGAAUAAGUGUGUAAGGCUUAUUUUAAGAUUUAACUAUCUAUUUGUUGCCUAGAAUAAGUGUUUAAAGCUUAUUUUAAGUUUCAAUGUUCUGAUUUGUUGCCUGGAAUAAGUGUAAAAGACUUAUUUUUAGCUUUAUUUAAAUCUCGAUAUUGUUCUUAUUUCAAGAAAUCUUAGUAAGAAAAAAACACUUACUCCACUGGCAGAUAAUUUCACUUGUUUUAAGCAAAUCUUCACCAAAAAUAAGUGUAUUUAUCUAGUAUUAAGGAGGUGGGUUUUUGCAGUGUAAGUCACGUGUGAUUUUAUGGUUCAGUGUCUUAGACUGAUAAGCAGGUCUGUGGUUGAUCAGUGAGAGGAUCAAUAAAUCUCUAUUUAAUCUGUAAUCUAAUCUGUAUUAUAUUACUUAUAAAGUGAAAUAUUUCA